AUGUCUUCUGCAGAAGCAAGCCUAUUAGCGGGUGCCGCUGCAGCGGAGGCACUAGUUGCUGCUGCUGCUGCUGGUGCGCAGCAUGACCAGCAGCAGCACUGGGGCAUAGAGGGUUCUUCUGCUGGGGGCGAUGAGAAGGCGGGUGCUGUGGGGUUGAACAACAACAACAACAACAGCAGCAGCAGCAGCAGCAGCAGCAGCAGCUCUGGCAGCCCCGGGGAAGAUGAAGCUGGCAGCAGUGUUGCUGAGGGUUUAGCUAGCGGUAUACUCCCGUGUCGCAAGCGCAAAGCCCCAGAGGAGCUGCCGCAGAUCGAUGAGGCUACAGCAGAACGUUUGAAGAGAGCCACCGACUCCCUAACAAAAGAACAACUCAAAAUGCUGCUUGCACGUGCCUGCUCCCACUACCCCGAUGUUGCUGCCAGCAGCGCCUUCCUUUGCUGCGGCGGUACUGCAGCAGAGAAGGCGUUGCUGUUGCUGGUUGCAGGCGUGUUGGCUGUGCAGUAUAAUGCUGUGGAGAACGCGCUGUACGCGAUGAUUGAGGCAGACCCGAGCAGCAGGCGGCUGAUGAUAAGAAAUGUUCCAUACACUGCAACAGAGACAUCUCUGAAGCAAACUGUUGAGGCUUACGGGCCUAUUGAAGACUUCAAGCUUGUCAUUGACAGAAACACAGUGCUCCGCAGGGAUAAAGAGGCAGGAGGGAGGGGUGACCCUCUGGCCUGUGGGUGGCCUUGGGCGUUGUUUGUCAGUGUAGUUGUGGGGCUUAACAAGGGCUUUGCCUUCGUCACGUACAAAUCGAUGAGCGAUGUAGCGAAGGUCCUGCAGUCAGAGGUGACAAUAGACGGGCGGCCUCUCAGCAUUAAGUUGGCUUCGCAGCAAGACCAAGGAGCGGCUAUGAAGCGGGCCUUCCUGGGUCCCAACCAGGGCUGUCGUUUGUUUGUGCGUAAUGUCCCUGACACCUGCGAUGAGCGCCGCCUUAAGCAGGAGUUUGAAGGCUUCGGUACUGUCAGGGAGGCGGCCAUCGUACGCAACAGAGACGGCUCCUCUAAGGGCUACGGCUUUGUUGUAUUUGAAGACCCAGAGGCCCUCAUGAAAGCUGCCAACCAGGCACAGAGAGUUAUUGAUGGCCAAGUUACGUUUGUCUCGGUGGCGUCGGAGUCAAGAAAGCAGCAACAACUCGGGGGAGGAGCGAUCCUGCCCCCGCAGCAUCUGCAGCAGCUGCCGCUGGGAGGGGCCCAGUACCAGCAGCAACUGCAGCAGCAGCUGCAGCAGCAGUUGCUGCAGCAAGCUGCUGCCUCGCAGUGGCCCAUCACUUCCUCCACCACAGCUUCGGGGACCCGCGCUGAUGUGUCGAGUCCUUACGGUACUCAGGCGACCGUCAACUCUGCUGCUGCUGCUGCUGCUGCUGCUGCGCUUCCGACGACCACAGCUGCUGCUGCUGCAGCAACCAAUCCGUACAUGCAGCAGAUUACUGCUGCUCUCAUGCCCCAGCUGUACAUGCAUCACUACCAGCAGCAGUACCUAGCUGCCUCUCAGGCUAAUUCAGCUGCUGGAGGGGUUGCUGCUAGCACCACAACACAGCAGCAGAAAUACUCCAAUUUGCAGCAGUGA